UACUGCCUCCUCUGGAAGCAGAAGCCAAGAGGGCGUCCCUCAGAUGCUGAUACUGCUGAGUGGGGGAAGGUCCAGUGAUAAUGUUGACAUACCAGCUUCUGCCCUGAAAGACAGUGGGGUCUUGAUCUUUGGCAUUGGAACCAGAAAUUCCAGCAGAGAGGUUCAAGGGAUUGCCACUGAUCCUAGUUUUUCCCAGUCUGUUUCUGAAUUCACUGACCUCCCCAGCGUCCAGGAGCAGUUUUUCUCCACACUCAAAACUGUACAAGUUGAGGCCACACCCAAAACCCCAACAGUCAUAGUGGACCAAAGCAUUGCCAGAAAGGAUGUAGUAUUCCUGCUGGAUGGUUCUGAUGGCACUAGGAAUGGCUUUCCAGCAAUGCGUGACUUUGUUCAAAGAGUGGUAGAGAAACUCACUGUGGAGGAGAACAGAGAUCGAGUCUCUGUGGUCCAGUAUAGCAGAGAAUCAGAGGCCCACUUCUAUCUGAACACUUACACAACAAAGGAAGACGUUGUGAACACCGUAAGAGGCCUGAAGCACAAAGGAGGGAGACCCCUCAACACUGGGGCAGCUCUCCAGUAUGUCAGGGACAAUGUCUUUAUUGCCUCCUCCGGAAGUAGGCGCCUUGAAGGUGUUCCACAGAUUCUGAUACUGCUGAAUGGUGGAAGGUCCUUUGACAAUGUAGAUACACCAGCGUCUGCUCUCAAGGAGCUUGGUGUCUUGGUGUUUGGAAUUGGAACAAGGAGCUCUGAUAGCAGAGAAUUACAAAAAAUAUCCUAUGACCCCAGUUAUGCUCUUUCCGUGUCUGAAUUUACUGACCUCCCCAACGUCCAACAGCAGCUUCUUUCUGCUAUGAGCACUGUCAUUGUAAAGGUCACAACCAUGACACCAACAGUAAAACCAACAAUUCUAGUUGAGAGUCAGGCUCCCAGGAGGGAUGUCGUGUUCUUGCUGGAUGGAUCUGAUGACACUAGGAGUGGAUUCCCAGCAAUGCGGGACUUUGUUCAAAGAGUAGUGGAGACACUCGGUGUGGAUGAGAACAAAGAUCGCGUGGCUGUGGUCCAGUACAGUAGAGAUCCAGCCGCCCAAUUCUAUCUGAACACAUACACAACAAAAGGAGAGAUUCUCAACACUGUACGAGGUCUGAGACACAAAGGUGGGAGACCUCUCAACACUGGAGCAGCUCUCCAGUACGUGAGAGACAAUGUCUUGACUGCCUCCUCCGGAAGUCGACGCACUGAAGGUGUUCCACAGUUACUGAUUCUGCUGAGUGGUGGAAGGUCCUUUGACAAUGUUGACACUCCAGCUUCUGCUCUGAAGGAGCUUGGGGUCUUGAUCUUUGGAAUUGGAACAAGGAGCUCUGAUAGCAGAGAAUUGCAGAGGAUAUCACAUGAUCCCAGUUACGCUCUGUCUGUCUCUGACUUCACUGACCUUCCAAACAUCCAGCAGCAACUUCUGUCCUCGGUGGAGUCAGUUGUUAUUGACGUUACGCCAGAAUCGACAACAGAUUUAGUUGAUCAUGACACCUCCAGAAAGGAUGUGGUAUUCCUUGUGGAUGGUUCUGAUGGCACAAGGAAUGGAUUCCCAGCAAUGCGUGAUUUUGUUCAGAGAGUAGUGGGGAAACUCAAUGUGGGAGGAGACAAAGACCGUGUUUCUGUUGUCCAGUACGGUAGAGAUCAAGAAGUUCAUUUCUAUCUGAACACAUACACCACAAAGGAGGACAUUCUUAACACUGUGAGAAGUCUGAGGCACAGAGGAGGUAGACCCCUUAACACUGGGGCAGCCCUCCAAUACGUAAGGGACAACGUCCUUACUGCCUCCUCUGGAAGCAGAAGCCAAGAGGGCGUCCCUCAGAUGCUGAUACUGCUGAGUGGGGGAAGGUCCAGUGAUAAUGUUGACAUACCAGCUUCUGCCCUGAAAGACAGUGGGGUCUUGAUCUUUGGCAUUGGAACCAGAAAUUCCAGCAGAGAGGUUCAAGGGAUUGCCACUGAUCCUAGUUUUUCCCAGUCUGUUUCUGAAUUCACUGACCUCCCCAGCGUCCAGGAGCAGUUUUUCUCCACACUCAAAACUGUACAAGUUGAGGCCACACCCAAAACCCCAACAGUCAUAGUGGACCAAAGCAUUGCCAGAAAGGAUGUAGUAUUCCUGCUGGAUGGUUCUGAUGGCACUAGGAAUGGCUUUCCAGCAAUGCGUGACUUUGUUCAAAGAGUGGUAGAGAAACUCACUGUGGAGGAGAACAGAGAUCGAGUCUCUGUGGUCCAGUAUAGCAGAGAAUCAGAGGCCCACUUCUAUCUGAACACUUACACAACAAAGGAAGACGUUGUGAACACCGUAAGAGGCCUGAAGCACAAAGGAGGGAGACCCCUCAACACUGGGGCAGCUCUCCAGUAUGUCAGGGACAAUGUCUUUAUUGCCUCCUCCGGAAGUAGGCGCCUUGAAGGUGUUCCACAGAUUCUGAUACUGCUGAAUGGUGGAAGGUCCUUUGACAAUGUAGAUACACCAGCGUCUGCUCUCAAGGAGCUUGGUGUCUUGGUGUUUGGAAUUGGAACAAGGAGCUCUGAUAGCAGAGAAUUACAAAAAAUAUCCUAUGACCCCAGUUAUGCUCUUUCCGUGUCUGAAUUUACUGACCUCCCCAACGUCCAACAGCAGCUUCUUUCUGCUAUGAGCACUGUCAUUGUAAAGGUCACAACCAUGACACCAACAGUAAAACCAACAAUUCUAGUUGAGAGUCAGGCUCCCAGGAGGGAUGUCGUGUUCUUGCUGGAUGGAUCUGAUGACACUAGGAGUGGAUUCCCAGCAAUGCGGGACUUUGUUCAAAGAGUAGUGGAGACACUCGGUGUGGAUGAGAACAAAGAUCGCGUGGCUGUGGUCCAGUACAGUAGAGAUCCAGCCGCCCAAUUCUAUCUGAACACAUACACAACAAAAGGAGAGAUUCUCAACACUGUACGAGGUCUGAGACACAAAGGUGGGAGACCUCUCAACACUGGAGCAGCUCUCCAGUACGUGAGAGACAAUGUCUUGACUGCCUCCUCCGGAAGUCGACGCACUGAAGGUGUUCCACAGUUACUGAUUCUGCUGAGUGGUGGAAGGUCCUUUGACAAUGUUGACACUCCAGCUUCUGCUCUGAAGGAGCUUGGGGUCUUGAUCUUUGGAAUUGGAACAAGGAGCUCUGAUAGCAGAGAAUUGCAGAGGAUAUCACAUGAUCCCAGUUACGCUCUGUCUGUCUCUGACUUCACUGACCUUCCAAACAUCCAGCAGCAACUUCUGUCCUCGGUGGAGUCAGUUGUUAUUGACGUUACGCCAGAAUCGACAACAGAUUUAGUUGAUCAUGACACCUCCAGAAAGGAUGUGGUAUUCCUUGUGGAUGGUUCUGAUGGCACAAGGAAUGGAUUCCCAGCAAUGCGUGAUUUUGUUCAGAGAGUAGUGGGGAAACUCAAUGUGGGAGGAGACAAAGACCGUGUUUCUGUUGUCCAGUACGGUAGAGAUCAAGAAGUUCAUUUCUAUCUGAACACAUACACCACAAAGGAGGACAUUCUUAACACUGUGAGAAGUCUGAGGCACAGAGGAGGUAGACCCCUUAACACUGGGGCAGCCCUCCAAUACGUAAGGGACAACGUCCUUACUGCCUCCUCUGGAAGCAGAAGCCAAGAGGGUGUCCCUCAGAUGCUGAUACUGCUGAGUGGGGGAAGGUCCAGUGAUAAUGUUGACAUACCAGCUUCUGCCCUGAAAGACAGUGGGGUCUUGAUCUUUGGCAUUGGAACCAGAAAUUCCAGCAGAGAGGUUCAAGGGAUUGCCACUGAUCCUAGUUUUUCCCAGUCUGUUUCUGAAUUCACUGACCUCCCCAGCGUCCAGGAGCAGUUUUUCUCCACACUCAAAACUGUACAAGUUGAGGCCACACCCAAAACCCCAACAGUCAUAGUGGACCAAAGCAUUGCCAGAAAGGAUGUAGUAUUCCUGCUGGAUGGUUCUGAUGGCACUAGGAAUGGCUUUCCAGCAAUGCGUGACUUUGUUCAAAGAGUGGUAGAGAAACUCACUGUGGAGGAGAACAGAGAUCGAGUCUCUGUGGUCCAGUAUAGCAGAGAAUCAGAGGCCCACUUCUAUCUGAACACUUACACAACAAAGGAAGAUGUUGUGGACACCGUAAGAGGCCUGAGGCACAAAGGAGGGAGACCCCUCAACACUGGGGCAGCUCUCCAGUAUGUCAGGGACAAUGUCUUUAUUGCCUCCUCCGGAAGUAGGCGCCUUGAAGGUGUUCCACAGAUUCUGAUACUGCUGAAUGGUGGAAGGUCCUUUGACAAUGUAGAUACACCAGCGUCUGCUCUCAAGGAGCUUGGUGUCUUGGUGUUUGGAAUUGGAACAAGGAGCUCUGAUAGCAGAGAAUUACAAAAAAUAUCCUAUGACCCCAGUUAUGCUCUUUCCGUGUCUGAAUUUACUGACCUCCCCAACGUCCAACAGCAGCUUCUUUCUGCUAUGAGCACUGUCAUUGUAAAGGUCACAACCAUGACACCAACAGUAAAACCAACAAUUCUAGUUGAGAGUCAGGCUCCCAGGAGGGAUGUCGUGUUCUUGCUGGAUGGAUCUGAUGGCACUAGGAGUGGAUUCCCAGCAAUGCGGGACUUUGUUCAAAGAGUAGUGGAGACACUCGGUGUGGAUGAGAACAAAGAUCGCGUGGCUGUGGUCCAGUACAGUAGAGAUCCAGCCGCCCAAUUCUAUCUGAACACAUACACAACAAAAGGAGAGAUUCUCAACACUGUACGAGGUCUGAGACACAAAGGUGGGAGACCUCUCAACACUGGAGCAGCUCUCCAGUACGUGAGAGACAAUGUCUUGACUGCCUCCUCCGGAAGUCGACGCACUGAAGGUGUUCCACAGUUACUGAUUCUGCUGAGUGGUGGAAGGUCCUUUGACAAUGUUGACACUCCAGCUUCUGCUCUGAAGGAGCUUGGGGUCUUGAUCUUUGGAAUUGGAACAAGGAGCUCUGAUAGCAGAGAAUUGCAGAGGAUAUCACAUGAUCCCAGUUACGCUCUGUCUGUCUCUGACUUCACUGACCUUCCAAACAUCCAGCAGCAACUUCUGUCCUCGGUGGAGUCAGUUGUUAUUGACGUUACGCCAGAAUCGACAACAGAUUUAGUUGAUCAUGACACCUCCAGAAAGGAUGUGGUAUUCCUUGUGGAUGGUUCUGAUGGCACAAGGAAUGGAUUCCCAGCAAUGCGUGAUUUUGUUCAGAGAGUAGUGGGGAAACUCAAUGUGGGAGGAGACAAAGACCGUGUUUCUGUUGUCCAGUACGGUAGAGAUCAAGAAGUUCAUUUCUAUCUGAACACAUACACCACAAAGGAGGACAUUCUUAACACUGUGAGAAGUCUGAGGCACAGAGGAGGUAGACCCCUUAACACUGGGGCAGCCCUCCAAUACGUAAGGGACAACGUCCUUACUGCCUCCUCUGGAAGCAGAAGCCAAGAGGGCGUCCCUCAGAUGCUGAUACUGCUGAGUGGGGGAAGGUCCAGUGAUAAUGUUGACAUACCAGCUUCUGCCCUGAAAGACAGUGGGGUCUUGAUCUUUGGCAUUGGAACCAGAAAUUCCAGCAGAGAGGUUCAAGGGAUUGCCACUGAUCCUAGUUUUUCCCAGUCUGUUUCUGAAUUCACUGACCUCCCCAGCGUCCAGGAGCAGUUUUUCUCCACACUCAAAACUGUACAAGUUGAGGCCACACCCAAAACCCCAACAGUCAUAGUGGACCAAAGCAUUGCCAGAAAGGAUGUAGUAUUCCUGCUGGAUGGUUCUGAUGGCACUAGGAAUGGCUUUCCAGCAAUGCGUGACUUUGUUCAAAGAGUGGUAGAGAAACUCACUGUGGAGGAGAACAGAGAUCGAGUCUCUGUGGUCCAGUAUAGCAGAGAAUCAGAGGCCCACUUCUAUCUGAACACUUACACAACAAAGGAAGAUGUUGUGGACACCGUAAGAGGCCUGAGGCACAAAGGAGGGAGACCCCUCAACACUGGGGCAGCUCUCCAGUAUGUCAGGGACAAUGUCUUUAUUGCCUCCUCCGGAAGUAGGCGCCUUGAAGGUGUUCCACAGAUUCUGAUACUGCUGAAUGGUGGAAGGUCCUUUGACAAUGUAGAUACACCAGCGUCUGCUCUCAAGGAGCUUGGUGUCUUGGUGUUUGGAAUUGGAACAAGGAGCUCUGAUAGCAGAGAAUUACAAAAAAUAUCCUAUGACCCCAGUUAUGCUCUUUCCGUGUCUGAAUUUACUGACCUCCCCAACGUCCAACAGCAGCUUCUUUCUGCUAUGAGCACUGUCAUUGUAAAGGUCACAACCAUGACACCAACAGUAAAACCAACAAUUCUAGUUGAGAGUCAGGCUCCCAGGAGGGAUGUCGUGUUCUUGCUGGAUGGAUCUGAUGACACUAGGAGUGGAUUCCCAGCAAUGCGGGACUUUGUUCAAAGAGUAGUGGAGACACUCGGUGUGGAUGAGAACAAAGAUCGCGUGGCUGUGGUCCAGUACAGUAGAGAUCCAGCCGCCCAAUUCUAUCUGAACACAUACACAACAAAAGGAGAGAUUCUCAACACUGUACGAGGUCUGAGACACAAAGGUGGGAGACCUCUCAACACUGGAGCAGCUCUCCAGUACGUGAGAGACAAUGUCUUGACUGCCUCCUCCGGAAGUCGACGCACUGAAGGUGUUCCACAGUUACUGAUUCUGCUGAGUGGUGGAAGGUCCUUUGACAAUGUUGACACUCCAGCUUCUGCUCUGAAGGAGCUUGGGGUCUUGAUCUUUGGAAUUGGAACAAGGAGCUCUGAUAGCAGAGAAUUGCAGAGGAUAUCACAUGAUCCCAGUUACGCUCUGUCUGUCUCUGACUUCACUGACCUUCCAAACAUCCAGCAGCAACUUCUGUCCUCGGUGGAGUCAGUUGUUAUUGACGUUACGCCAGAAUCGACAACAGAUUUAGUUGAUCAUGACACCUCCAGAAAGGAUGUGGUAUUCCUUGUGGAUGGUUCUGAUGGCACAAGGAAUGGAUUCCCAGCAAUGCGUGAUUUUGUUCAGAGAGUAGUGGGGAAACUCAAUGUGGGAGGAGACAAAGACCGUGUUUCUGUUGUCCAGUACGGUAGAGAUCAAGAAGUUCAUUUCUAUCUGAACACAUACACCACAAAGGAGGACAUUCUUAACACUGUGAGAAGUCUGAGGCACAGAGGAGGUAGACCCCUUAACACUGGGGCAGCCCUCCAAUACGUAAGGGACAACGUCCUUACUGCCUCCUCUGGAAGCAGAAGCCAAGAGGGCGUCCCUCAGAUGCUGAUACUGCUGAGUGGGGGAAGGUCCAGUGAUAAUGUUGACAUACCAGCUUCUGCCCUGAAAGACAGUGGGGUCUUGAUCUUUGGCAUUGGAACCAGAAAUUCCAGCAGAGAGGUUCAAGGGAUUGCCACUGAUCCUAGUUUUUCCCAGUCUGUUUCUGAAUUCACUGACCUCCCCAGCGUCCAGGAGCAGUUUUUCUCCACACUCAAAACUGUACAAGUUGAGGCCACACCCAAAACCCCAACAGUCAUAGUGGACCAAAGCAUUGCCAGAAAGGAUGUAGUAUUCCUGCUGGAUGGUUCUGAUGGCACUAGGAAUGGCUUUCCAGCAAUGCGUGACUUUGUUCAAAGAGUGGUAGAGAAACUCACUGUGGAGGAGAACAGAGAUCGAGUCUCUGUGGUCCAGUAUAGCAGAGAAUCAGAGGCCCACUUCUAUCUGAACACUUACACAACAAAGGAAGACGUUGUGAACACCGUAAGAGGCCUGAAGCACAAAGGAGGGAGACCCCUCAACACUGGGGCAGCUCUCCAGUAUGUCAGGGACAAUGUCUUUAUUGCCUCCUCCGGAAGUAGGCGCCUUGAAGGUGUUCCACAGAUUCUGAUACUGCUGAAUGGUGGAAGGUCCUUUGACAAUGUAGAUACACCAGCGUCUGCUCUCAAGGAGCUUGGUGUCUUGGUGUUUGGAAUUGGAACAAGGAGCUCUGAUAGCAGAGAAUUACAAAAAAUAUCCUAUGACCCCAGUUAUGCUCUUUCCGUGUCUGAAUUUACUGACCUCCCCAACGUCCAACAGCAGCUUCUUUCUGCUAUGAGCACUGUCAUUGUAAAGGUCACAACCAUGACACCAACAGUAAAACCAACAAUUCUAGUUGAGAGUCAGGCUCCCAGGAGGGAUGUCGUGUUCUUGCUGGAUGGAUCUGAUGACACUAGGAGUGGAUUCCCAGCAAUGCGGGACUUUGUUCAAAGAGUAGUGGAGACACUCGGUGUGGAUGAGAACAAAGAUCGCGUGGCUGUGGUCCAGUACAGUAGAGAUCCAGCCGCCCAAUUCUAUCUGAACACAUACACAACAAAAGGAGAGAUUCUCAACACUGUACGAGGUCUGAGACACAAAGGUGGGAGACCUCUCAACACUGGAGCAGCUCUCCAGUACGUGAGAGACAAUGUCUUGACUGCCUCCUCCGGAAGUCGACGCACUGAAGGUGUUCCACAGUUACUGAUUCUGCUGAGUGGUGGAAGGUCCUUUGACAAUGUUGACACUCCAGCUUCUGCUCUGAAGGAGCUUGGGGUCUUGAUCUUUGGAAUUGGAACAAGGAGCUCUGAUAGCAGAGAAUUGCAGAGGAUAUCACAUGAUCCCAGUUACGCUCUGUCUGUCUCUGACUUCACUGACCUUCCAAACAUCCAGCAGCAACUUCUGUCCUCGGUGGAGUCAGUUGUUAUUGACGUUACGCCAGAAUCGACAACAGAUUUAGUUGAUCAUGACACCUCCAGAAAGGAUGUGGUAUUCCUUGUGGAUGGUUCUGAUGGCACAAGGAAUGGAUUCCCAGCAAUGCGUGAUUUUGUUCAGAGAGUAGUGGGGAAACUCAAUGUGGGAGGAGACAAAGACCGUGUUUCUGUUGUCCAGUACGGUAGAGAUCAAGAAGUUCAUUUCUAUCUGAACACAUACACCACAAAGGAGGACAUUCUUAACACUGUGAGAAGUCUGAGGCACAGAGGAGGUAGACCCCUUAACACUGGGGCAGCCCUCCAAUACGUAAGGGACAACGUCCUUACUGCCUCCUCUGGAAGCAGAAGCCAAGAGGGUGUCCCUCAGAUGCUGAUACUGCUGAGUGGGGGAAGGUCCAGUGAUAAUGUUGACAUACCAGCUUCUGCCCUGAAAGACAGUGGGGUCUUGAUCUUUGGCAUUGGAACCAGAAAUUCCAGCAGAGAGGUUCAAGGGAUUGCCACUGAUCCUAGUUUUUCCCAGUCUGUUUCUGAAUUCACUGACCUCCCCAGCGUCCAGGAGCAGUUUUUCUCCACACUCAAAACUGUACAAGUUGAGGCCACACCCAAAACCCCAACAGUCAUAGUGGACCAAAGCAUUGCCAGAAAGGAUGUAGUAUUCCUGCUGGAUGGUUCUGAUGGCACUAGGAAUGGCUUUCCAGCAAUGCGUGACUUUGUUCAAAGAGUGGUAGAGAAACUCACUGUGGAGGAGAACAGAGAUCGAGUCUCUGUGGUCCAGUAUAGCAGAGAAUCAGAGGCCCACUUCUAUCUGAACACUUACACAACAAAGGAAGAUGUUGUGGACACCGUAAGAGGCCUGAGGCACAAAGGAGGGAGACCCCUCAACACUGGGGCAGCUCUCCAGUAUGUCAGGGACAAUGUCUUUAUUGCCUCCUCCGGAAGUAGGCGCCUUGAAGGUGUUCCACAGAUUCUGAUACUGCUGAAUGGUGGAAGGUCCUUUGACAAUGUAGAUACACCAGCGUCUGCUCUCAAGGAGCUUGGUGUCUUGGUGUUUGGAAUUGGAACAAGGAGCUCUGAUAGCAGAGAAUUACAAAAAAUAUCCUAUGACCCCAGUUAUGCUCUUUCCGUGUCUGAAUUUACUGACCUCCCCAACGUCCAACAGCAGCUUCUUUCUGCUAUGAGCACUGUCAUUGUAAAGGUCACAACCAUGACACCAACAGUAAAACCAACAAUUCUAGUUGAGAGUCAGGCUCCCAGGAGGGAUGUCGUGUUCUUGCUGGAUGGAUCUGAUGGCACUAGGAGUGGAUUCCCAGCAAUGCGGGACUUUGUUCAAAGAGUAGUGGAGACACUCGGUGUGGAUGAGAACAAAGAUCGCGUGGCUGUGGUCCAGUACAGUAGAGAUCCAGCCGCCCAAUUCUAUCUGAACACAUACACAACAAAAGGAGAGAUUCUCAACACUGUACGAGGUCUGAGACACAAAGGUGGGAGACCUCUCAACACUGGAGCAGCUCUCCAGUACGUGAGAGACAAUGUCUUGACUGCCUCCUCCGGAAGUCGACGCACUGAAGGUGUUCCACAGUUACUGAUUCUGCUGAGUGGUGGAAGGUCCUUUGACAAUGUUGACACUCCAGCUUCUGCUCUGAAGGAGCUUGGGGUCUUGAUCUUUGGAAUUGGAACAAGGAGCUCUGAUAGCAGAGAAUUGCAGAGGAUAUCACAUGAUCCCAGUUACGCUCUGUCUGUCUCUGACUUCACUGACCUUCCAAACAUCCAGCAGCAACUUCUGUCCUCGGUGGAGUCAGUUGUUAUUGACGUUACGCCAGAAUCGACAACAGAUUUAGUUGAUCAUGACACCUCCAGAAAGGAUGUGGUAUUCCUUGUGGAUGGUUCUGAUGGCACAAGGAAUGGAUUCCCAGCAAUGCGUGAUUUUGUUCAGAGAGUAGUGGGGAAACUCAAUGUGGGAGGAGACAAAGACCGUGUUUCUGUUGUCCAGUACGGUAGAGAUCAAGAAGUUCAUUUCUAUCUGAACACAUACACCACAAAGGAGGACAUUCUUAACACUGUGAGAAGUCUGAGGCACAGAGGAGGUAGACCCCUUAACACUGGGGCAGCCCUCCAAUACGUAAGGGACAAUGUCCUUACUGCCUCCUCUGGAAGCAGAAGUCAAGAGGGCGUCCCUCAGAUGCUGAUACUGCUGAGUGGGGGAAGGUCCAGUGAUAAUGUUGACAUACCAGCUUCUGCCCUGAAAGACAGUGGGGUCUUGAUCUUUGGCAUUGGAACCAGAAAUUCCAGCAGAGAGGUUCAAGGGAUUGCCACUGAUCCUAGUUUUUCCCAGUCUGUUUCUGAAUUCACUGACCUCCCCAGCGUCCAGGAGCAGUUUUUCUCCACACUCAAAACUGUACAAGUUGAGGCCACACCCAAAACCCCAACAGUCAUAGUGGACCAAAGCAUUGCCAGAAAGGAUGUAGUAUUCCUGCUGGAUGGUUCUGAUGGCACUAGGAAUGGCUUUCCAGCAAUGCGUGACUUUGUUCAAAGAGUGGUAGAGAAACUCACUGUGGAGGAGAACAGAGAUCGAGUCUCUGUGGUCCAGUAUAGCAGAGAAUCAGAGGCCCACUUCUAUCUGAACACUUACACAACAAAGGAAGACGUUGUGGACACCGUAAGAGGCCUGAGGCACAAAGGAGGGAGACCCCUCAACACUGGGGCAGCUCUCCAGUAUGUCAGGGACAAUGUCUUUAUUGCCUCCUCCGGAAGUAGGCGCCUUGAAGGUGUUCCACAGAUUCUGAUACUGCUGAAUGGUGGAAGGUCCUUUGACAAUGUAGAUACACCAGCGUCUGCUCUCAAGGAGCUUGGUGUCUUGGUGUUUGGAAUUGGAACAAGGAGCUCUGAUAGCAGAGAAUUACAAAAAAUAUCCUAUGACCCCAGUUAUGCUCUUUCCGUGUCUGAAUUUACUGACCUCCCCAACGUCCAACAGCAGCUUCUUUCUGCUAUGAGCACUGUCAUUGUAAAGGUCACAACCAUGACACCAACAGUAAAACCAACAAUUCUAGUUGAGAGUCAGGCUCCCAGGAGGGAUGUCGUGUUCUUGCUGGAUGGAUCUGAUGGCACUAGGAGUGGAUUCCCAGCAAUGCGGGACUUUGUUCAAAGAGUAGUGGAGACACUCGGUGUGGAUGAGAACAAAGAUCGCGUGGCUGUGGUCCAGUACAGUAGAGAUCCAGCCGCCCAAUUCUAUCUGAACACAUACACAACAAAAGGAGAGAUUCUCAACACUGUACGAGGUCUGAGACACAAAGGUGGGAGACCUCUCAACACUGGAGCAGCUCUCCAGUACGUGAGAGACAAUGUCUUGACUGCCUCCUCCGGAAGUCGACGCACUGAAGGUGUUCCACAGUUACUGAUUCUGCUGAGUGGUGGAAGGUCCUUUGACAAUGUUGACACUCCAGCUUCUGCUCUGAAGGAGCUUGGGGUCUUGAUCUUUGGAAUUGGAACAAGGAGCUCUGAUAGCAGAGAAUUGCAGAGGAUAUCACAUGAUCCCAGUUACGCUCUGUCUGUCUCUGACUUCACUGACCUUCCAAACAUCCAGCAGCAACUUCUGUCCUCGGUGGAGUCAGUUGUUAUUGACGUUACGCCAGAAACAACAACAGAUUUAGUCACCACAACCGUAGUAUUCACUGGCGGAGAAAAGAGGGACGUGGUUUUCCUCAUUGACGGCACAACAGUGGUGCGCAGCGAGUUCCCCGCCAUCCGUGACAUGAUCGGGAGGGUCGUGGAAAAGCUGGACGUGGGUCUGGAUCGGGUGAGGGUGUCAGUGGUGCAGUACAGCGACGGUGCCACGGUGGAGUUCCUCUUGAACGAGCACUCCACCAAAGACGAGGUCCGCCAGGCCACGAGGAAGCUUCAGAGCAGCGGUGGGAACCGUCGGAACACUGGCCGUGCACUUGAAUGGAUCUCCAAGAACAUCUACCAGAAAUCAGCAGGUAGCCGCAUUGAGGAGGGAGUUCCUCAGUUCCUCAUUCUAGUCACAGGGGGAAAGUCCAAUGAUGACGUCUCUGGACCGGUUAAUCAGCUGAAGACCAACCAGGUUGCCCCUUUAGCAAUCGGCACAAAGAAUGCCGACCCCAAUGAACUGAGGCAGAUCGCCCUAAAGCCAGAACUUGCCUACUCCAUUAACAACUUCGGGCAGCUUCCAACAGUGGAGCAGCAGCUUAUUGCUUCAGUCAACACCAUGACCACCACUGACAUCUCCGGCAGUUUUGUUCCCUCAGUUUUGGAUAUUGCUAACCUCAACAUGGGGAGGAAAGAUAUCAUCUUUCUCAUCGAUGGCUCGGACACCACAGGCUCCAAUGGCAUCGCCCACAUCCGUGACUUCAUCCUCAACAUCGUUCAGCAACUAGAUGUGCAACUUGACCAGGUCCGGGUCGCUGUCGUCCAAUAUUCCGACAAGGUCAAGACAGAGUUCUCUCUCAACUCCCACAACAAAAAAACAGCUGUGCUCUCAGCCAUCAAAAGACUACGCCAGCAGGGUGGAAGAUCAUCCGAUCUUGCCAACGCCAUCGAGUAUGUGACCAGGAAUGAGCUGAAAGCCUCGGCGGGUGUCCGGCUUGCGCAGGCCUCCCAGCAUCUAGUGGUCCUUACCGGCAGAAGGUCCUCCACUGACGUGUCCGUGUACGGCCCUCUGCUUAAAGGCUCCCGGGUUAACUGCAUCGGCAUCGGGGCUGGUGCAGACUACAGGGAGCUCAACCAGAUUGCCACCAGCUCUGCCGAUGUUCUCCAGGUACCCGCUUUCCCCGGCUUGCCUGUCAUUAAGGAGAGGUUUAUUGCCAGGCUGAACGGAACAAUGCCUGAUGAGGCACCACCAGAUUUUGUCGACCCAAGCCUCCCUAAAGCCAAGGUUGCUGAUAUUGUAUUCUUGGUGGACGGCUCCAUCAACCUGGGCAAGGACAACUUCAAGGAGGUGAUGGGGUUCAUCCAGAACCUCAUCGACCUCUUCUUCACUGAGCGUGACAACCUUCAGAUUGGCCUGGCGAGCUACACCACCGACGUCACCGACGUGUUCUACCUCAACACCUACAAGAACAAGGACGACAUAAUCGAUGCCAUCAGCCGCACCGAGUACAAGGGAGGCCGCAGGAUCAAUACAGGUACCGCCAUCCACCACGUACAGGAGAACCACUUCAUCAAAGAUAAAGGCAGCAGGAAGGAUGAGGGAAUCGCCCAGAUCCUGUUGAUCAUCACCGGCGGAAGGUCGGCCAGCGACAGCAAGACCGCAGCUCUGGCGUUAAAGGCCACCGGCGUGCGCAUCUACGCUGUCGGCGUGGGUGACAUUGAGGAUGAGUUGAACAACCUGGCGAGUGAGGCCUCCACAGUGGCCAGGGCAAGCACGUUUGUGGAGCUCUCUGAGCUCAACGAGCAAAUCCUUGAGACAUUGGAUGACGAGGUGAAGGGAAUCAAGCUCUGCACUGGCGUGAGCCAGGAGCCCUCAAAAACCUGCAGUCUGGAGGUGUUGGUAGGCUUUGAUGUGUCCUCACCAAACAUCUUCCAGGCCCAGAGGAUCCUGGAGUCCAAGAUGGGUGCCAUCCUCCAAAGGAUCACCAAGAUGACGGGCAUCAGUUGCUCGUCGGGCCAGAUCCCAUUGAUCCAGGUGGGCAUCCUGGCCAUGGAUGCCGCCUCAGAACCCGUCCACCUGGAGUUCACGGACAACGCCGACAUGCUGUUCGAGGCAUUCCGAGCACUGCGCGCCCGCGGACCCUACUUCCUCAAUGCCAAGACCAUUGCCGCAUAUGGGUCCAGGUUCAAAAGCCGAGCAGCAGAUGCGGUCAAGGUUGUGAUCCAUCUGACUGAUGGUCUGGAUGGCCAGUAUAAUGAAAUUAAGAGACAGGUUGAAGAACUUAAGAUUUCAGGUGUGAACAGCUUUAUCCUGGUGGGUCUGGAGCGGGUACCCAGGUUUGAGGAGGCCGUGCUCCUGGAGUUUGGCCGCGGCUUCAGGUACACCAGACCCCUCAGAGUUAAUGUCAUGGACUUGGACUACGAGCUUCUGGAGGAACUGGACAACAUUGCUGAGAGGGAGUGUUGCGCGGUGCCAUGCAAAUGCACCGGCAGAAGGGGAGACAGAGGAGCAGUCGGACUUGGAGGACUGAAGGGUGGUCCAGGCGGAGCAGGUGGAGCAGGACAUCCCGGAGAUGAGGGUGGAUCCGGAGACAGAGGUCCUCCUGGUGUCAACGGAACUCAAGGUUUCCAGGGAUGUCCUGGACAGAGGGGCAUCAAGGGUGGUCGUGGGUACUCUGGAGAAAAGGGUGAAUUUGGAGAGAUUGGCCUGGAUGGCAUCAAUGGAGAAGAGGGCAAGAGUGGAGUCACUGGACCCCCAGGAGACAGAGGAAACCCUGGGAGAAGGGGACCCAAAGGAACUAAAGGACAUGCAGGAGACAUUGGGGAUACCGGAAUCCGAGGAGAUCCUGGAACCACAGGGCGAGAUAACAAUGUGGCUGGACCUAAAGGAGACCCAGGCGAUGUCGGCCCAGUGGGAGAGCCAGGGGACGAUGGUAAGAUGGGAGGCCCCGGUGAACCAGGCAGGACGGGUUCUGAUGGUAGAAGAGGCCCACCCGGACAAGCUGGAGACCCUGGCAAACCCGGAGGUAACGGUGUGCAGGGAGAGCCAGGUAUCGGAGGAUCCAGGGGCCAAGCUGGACCAAUUGGUGCACCUGGUACCAGAGGUGAGGACGGGAACCCUGGACCAAGGGGCCCAGGAGGAGCCCAGGGACCCCCCGGAAACAAUGGCAGGAGAGGACCUCUCGGUCGCAAGGGUGAGCCAGGAGAGCCCGGACCCAAAGGCAUCGUGGGACCUCUGGGACCUCGUGGUGAACCUGGCGAAGAUGGUCGAGAUGGAUUUGGAAUCGCAGGGCCCAAAGGAAGAAAGGGUGAUGAGGGCUUCCCAGGAUUCCCAGGACCAAAGGGAGCGGCAGGUGAUGGCGGAACCAAUGGCGGACCAGGACCCAUGGGAAACCGUGGCCAGAGGGGUGUUUCAGGAGAAAUUGGUACUCCAGGACAGAAGGGAGAGGUUGGAUACCCGGGACCUUAUGGCCAGAAAGGACCGAGAGGACCUGGCGUUGUGCAAUGUGACUUGGUGAAGAAAAUCAGAGACAACUGUCCUUGCUGCUAUGGUCAGCAGGAGUGCCCACUCUACCCUACCGAGCUGGCCUUCGCACUGGACACCUCCGAAAACGUGGGUAGGCCUGACUUCAACAACAUGCGUGACACCGUGCUCCGCCUGGUUGGCAACAUCACCAUUGCCGAGAGCAACUGCCCCCGCGGCGCCCGAGUGGCCCUCACCCUCUACAACAAUGAAGUGACCACCGAAAUCCGCUUUGCAGACGGGCUGAAGCGGCGUGCACUGGUGCAGCGUGUGGAGGGCCUCCAGGCAUUACAGACGCGCAAACAGCGUAGCCUGGAGACAGCCAUGAACUUCCUGGCGCAGAACACCUUCAAGAGGGUGCGCAGCGGCUUCCUCAUGAGGAAGGUGGCCAUCUUCUUUGUUAAUGGGCCAGUGAAGGAUCAGCGGGCGGUAAGCGCAGCCGCCCUACGCCUCUAUGACUCCGGCAUCGCCUCAGUGUUCCUGACCAAUAAAGAGGAUGGCCAGCUCACCAGAGCUCUGAAGAUGAACAGCACUGGGUCAGCACUGGGUCAGGUGAUUGUGCUGCCCAAUCCCGGAAGUGCACAGUACAUCUCAGCUAUCCAAAAGGUCAUGAACUGCCACAUCUGCCUGGACUCCUGCGCCCCGGACCAAAUGUGUGACUAUGCCCCCCCUCAGCAGUCAAGAGACAGGAGGGCCUCCACCACUGAUGUGGACAUUGACAUGGCCUUUGUCAUGGAUAGCUCCGAGACCACUUACCCCACCGACUUCACUGAGAUGAAACGCUACGUUGCACACAUCGUAGAGCAGCUGGAAGUCUCGUCGGACCCCGUGGCAUCCAUCCACCACGCCCGCGUGGCUGUAAUCCAGCAUGCUCCCUACGAGUUCCUGCGCAACAGCAGCGGCUCACCCAUCCUUGUGGAUGUGGGCCUGACUGACCACCGCUCGGCCCAGGACAUCCGCAACUUCCUACUUGAGAAGACGCCCCAACUGGAGGGUGGGCGGGCGCUGGCAGUGGCCAUCGAGCACACGGUGGAGCAGGUGUUUGAGAAAGCACCCCACCAGCGAGACCUCAAGGUUCUGAUGUUGUUUGUGACAGGCCCUGUGGAGCAGGAUGAGGAGCAGCUGGUUGCUGUGGCCACCGAGGCCAAGUGUAAGGGCUAUUUCUUGGUCAUCCUGGGUGUGGGCGAGAAGCUGGGUGCUGGGGACACCCGCGUGCUGACGCGCAUGGCCAGCGAGCCAUCCGACGUCUUCUUCAAGAGGCUGACCAGCACCACGCACUUCUACGACAUGCACAUUCAGAACUUUGGCCGACUGCUGCCCAAGUAUCUCAGCAUUGAGAACGUUUUCUACAUGUCCCCUGAAGUCUCCAAAAACUGUCACUGGUACCAGAGUGACCAGUCAUUCCCCAAGUUCCCCUUCCCCAAGUCACACCACAGCCAAGAGAAACAUCAAAAACACGAAAACCACCAGGCAGUCCAUCCAAGAAAGCACAAUGACCAAGACUCAGACGAGUUGCACGUAGCCAACGUCACUUCCAGCAGCCUGACCCUGCACUGGGCCAGCCCGGACCCCAAGUACAUGGCCUACUUUAAGGUGGUGGUGACGCGCCUGCGUGACAACACACUGGUGUUGAGGAGAAAUGUGACGGGCACAGAGCUCACUGUUGGCGGCCUGGAGAGCGCCCAGACCUACCACGCCGUGGUGACCAUGCACACCGCCCAGGGCCACGUUGCGGCCACCCACAAAGGCAUUAUUACCACCAAAGCAGCAGCAGAGCAUAAGGUCACUGCCCCCAUGGAGGUGACAGGUAUCAUGGCCACUACACCACUGGACAAACCAGAGAUUGCAGAGCCUCAGCAACAAGUGGAGCAGCAGCCCGAGACGGAGAUCCUUCCAGCUAUUGCUCCGCCUCGAGGGCAGAAGGCAUGGGAUUGGUUGGAUGAAAGCCGUGCAAACAGCGGGCGGCGCUCACAGCGACGAGUGAGAAUAAAAGGAAAGAGAAGAAAAGGCUCCCUAGGUGCACCUGUCAACCAAGGAGUCAUUGCCGCAAUAAAAACGUAGGAGGACAUUGAUUCAUUGUCAACAUAUACCUCUACUGAGGAGAUUCUGAGGAAAAUCAACAAAAAUGACCAAAGAGAAGCUAUACCAAAGGAGAGGUGGCUGCACUGGAUUCCACAAACAGGAUUUGAUCAAAAUGAGUAUUGAAGUAGUCUAUAUUACAAAAAGAAUGAAAGCAAAUCAAUUUGCUGCAUGAUUUUUCCUACUGGUGCUACAUAGUGUUUUUUGUGUUUUUUUUUCUCUGGUUGAGUUGCGGAGAACAUCCAGUGUUUGUAAUGUAACAUUUCUGGAACAGUUACAGAAUAUGUUUUUCAUUAAAAAGUUAAACUCGUCAUUUUAUUAAGUAACGUGUAUGAAUAUCUUGGGACACAGAUUUAUCAAUAAAUCCUUAUUUACAUAUGCACAUGCACAUACACUCACAAGUCCACAGUGACUUUGAAAGAGUCAUCAUACGUUUGUAUUACUUCACUAUAUCUCCCAAUACAGACAUUCACUCAUCAUGCUGAUGUUUACACAAGUCCAAGCUGGCAGUGUGUAUAUAAUGACAGUUAAACCAGUUUCUCAGCAAGGAAAGGAAUUCAUCAUGUAAUGUAAAUUCACUUCUAGAACCACUGCCACAAACACACAUGUUCCAGUUUUUGAAUAUGGAAUGUACUUAUCAAGCUGUUAGUGUUUUUUUUGUUGUCUUGUUUUACUUAACUUUGUGUUUCAUCUGGGAACGGGGGGGGGGGG